AUGAUAAGUGGCACAGCCGGCAUUAAUGGCAAUGUAUUUUUGGUUGGACGUCCCUCCGAUUAUGACGAAUGGCAGAGUCAAGGUAACCCCGGAUGGUCAUGGGAAAAUAUUCAUGAAUAUUUCGUGAAAGCCACCCGAGAUGAAUCGACCGAAACGGAACCCAAGGGUUCGUUGGUGGUGAAUAACUAUUUGAGGCCGGAAAAGUUUUACACGCUGCGAAAUAUUUUGGAAAAUGCCACCGAAGAGGUGGAAAUGGGGUAUGAAAGCAAGAGUUUGGGUUUCAAACAUGACAUCCUGGGAACCGUGGAUCGUGGUCGGCGCAUGAGUACGGGUAAGACUUAUUUGGGUAAGGUGGCCCGCCAUCGUAAUAAUCUGCAUGUGGCCAAGAAUGCUGUGGUGCGCAAAAUCCUCUUCAAUGGCAAGCAGAAGGCAGCGGGCGUGGAAGUUUUGUUGGGAAAUAAUAAGGUUCUGAGGAUACAGGCCCGCAAGGAGAUUAUUUUGAGUGCUGGCACCUUUAAUAGUCCCCAGAUUUUAAUGCACUCCGGCAUCGGGCCCUGUGGGAAUUUGAGGCAAUUUAAGAUACCCUGCAUCCGCAACCUGGCAGUGGGCCAAAAUUUGCAGGAUCACGGCAUGAUGUCCAUGACCUAUAGGUUUACCAAAAACAUUCCCAAUCUGGCGCAAGGCGACAGCGUUGAGAACACCUUUCAAUAUUUGAUCUAUCAAAACGGGUCCUUGGCAUCGAAUCCAAAUCUGGUGGGCUUCAUUAAUUCCCAGGCUUCGCAGAACUUGCAAAACAAAAGCGAUGUUAUGAUUGUGUCGGGCAUUGAUCAGCCCACCAGGGAGUCGAAUGUGUUUGAAUUUUUGCAAUUCCGCGAGGAGUUGGUGGAGAAAUUUUUGGAGUUGGCUGAGAAUCAGACAACCUUACAGCUACAGGGCCUGCUCAUAAAACCCAAGUCGCGGGGUUAUAUCAAAUUGAAAUAUCCCGAAUUCGGAAAGGGCCCCGAGAUCCACAACAACUAUGCCAGCGUGGAGGAAGAUCGCCAAACGCUGCUGCGUUAUGUGCGUUUUGUACGCUCCCUGGAGAAGACAGAGGUGUUCCACCACUUUGGUCUGGAAUACAUACGUGUGCCCUUGCCGGAAUGUGAUGUGCAUGAGUUCGAUUCCGAUGACUAUUGGUAUUGCUACAUUCGAUACUUUAUGAUCAGUGCUUGGCAUGCUGCGGGUACAUGUAAAAUGGGCCCAUCAUCCGAUCCCUCGGCUGUGGUCGAUUCCGAGUUGAAGGUCCACGGCGUUAAGGGGUUGCGUGUCAUCGAUGCCAGUAUUAUGCCCAACAUUACCAGUGGCAACACCAAUGGUCCCACCAUCAUGAUUGCCGAAAAGGGUGCCCAAAUGAUAUUGGAUGAUUUGGCGAGGGAUUAGAAAAUUGGAGGUGGGAAGGAAGUACAGUUGAAUUCGAAUAAUUCGUAGGGGAGA